AUGCCACAGAUCUCAGAUGUCAAAAUCCGACUUUUGAUCGUGAACAAGUCCAAGUCCUUCCGUGCAAGGGAGCACCCAUCAAUUUUUUACAACAAUGGUGGUCACUGGCAGGGUUGCAUUAGGCCUCAGUUCUUCCCUAUCGCUCUGGCAACAUCUUCAGAGGGAGUCAGAUUUCUAUCCGAUGAAUGUCUCGAUGCGGUUAUGCCGAUGUGGAGGAACUAUUUAAGCAGUACACAACCAAAGCCCUUACCCGGUGGCAAGAAGAAACUGCAGGAUCUAUGGAUGAACUGGAUCGGGAGGGAGAAAGAUAAGCUCAUUGAUUUGGGUCUUACUUGGCCCAGCCAGCAUGAUCCAGAGCAGAUCUUCGAUAUGGGCGACGAGACCCGCUUGGACAGACUUGUGCCUCCAUCCUUAGUACCUCCGAGUGGCCUACCAGCUCAAGGUGCUCAGAUUCGAGACCAAAAGAGCACACCCAAGAAGCGGUCACGCCCAGAUGAGAAUGUUGAGCCGUCCAGCAUGCCUAACAAGAGGGCCACACCCAGAUCCCGAGACCCAAGCUCGUCAAAUCACAACAAUGGAGUCGAACAGACACAAAGCGAGACGGAGGCCAAGGAAGGUCAAUUAAAAUGCAUGAAAGACCUACUGGAUGCCCAGGAACGCGAUUACAACACCACAAUCUCUCUUAAGCAAGAGGUUAAAAAUCUAGAAGCCAAGUUCGAGGCCCGCUUUCAAUUGUCUUGCUCCCUUGUGAAGGCUUACAAGGCCUUUGAAGAACUUCCGGGGCAUGGCCUUAUGGUCAGGCGGGUGAUUGAAGCUGAGAAUCUUAAAGAGGCCCAGAGUGAGUUCCGCAAAAAGAUCGAAGAGAUAGAAAAGAUGCAGGAUGAGCAUAAGGAGCAACUGAAGCAGAUGAUUAAGGCUGAGCGAAGCCUCGAGAAAGACCUUUUGCAGGCUGGCAAGAACCUUCUGGCUGCUUCUGAAAGGGCCCGAGAUGGGUUCAUCAAGGCCUUAGAGUGA